AUGUCUUUGACCAAGCUGGCGGACAGCGCCGAGCUCACCAUGCAGCUGAUCGACGGGCAGUACGAGUUGGCGGCCCAGAGCGCGGGCCUGUCCGACCGGCUGGCGGCCGUGCAGGCGCGGCUGUCCGCGCAGGACGUCGAAUUCGAGGCGGCGCUGCUCGACGUGCACACUGAGCUGACGGCGCAGCACGCGCUCGGCGAGCUGUCGGAGCGGCUGGACGGGCGCAGCUCCGAGUUGACGGCGCGCCUGGUCGAUGUGGAGAGCGAGCUGACCACGCAGGUGGACAGCCUGCUCACCGUCCUGCUGUCGCGCAACGCCGAGCCGGUGCCGGCCUACUGCGACCAGGACGCGGACGGCGGCGGCUGGAUAGUCGUCCACCGGCGCGCGGCCGCCGCGCCGGCGCUCAACGUCUCCCGCGGCUGGGAGGCCUACAAGUGGGGCUUCGGCCAGCUGGACGGCAACUUCUGGUGGGGCAACGAGCGCCUCUGGGCGGCGACGGCGCUGCUCGACCGACGGUACGAGCUGCGUGUGGACCUGCGGGACGCCGACGGCGGCACGCGGCAUGCGCUGUACCGUCGCUUCGCCGUCUCGUCGGAGCCGGACGGCUACCGGCUGACGGUAGCAGACUACUCGGGCGACGCCGGCGACGCGCUGGGCCGGCUCUCGGGGCGCCGCUUCUGGGCCGGCGGCCGGGGCCGCGGCGGCAGGCCGGGCGGCAGGCCGGGCGGCUGCGCGGAGGAGGCGGCCGCCGGCUGGUGGCGCGCCGAAUGCGCGGGGUCAGGGGAUGAGGCCCAUGAUGAGAAAGGUGCGGUCUCAAAGCGGAGCGAUGGAGGAGUUUGGACGGCAUGGACGGACGCCUCACUAAAGUCAGUGGAGAUGAAAAUUAGGUCCGUGGGGGCAUCUUCGUAGACGGGCCCAGUAGUCGUUUGGUUUGUACCACAUUGGUGUUUGACAUAGCGAGGUACUGGAUUUCUGAAAAAUUGAAGUAGUUGUGCUCUGUCAAAAAGAAGGUCACGUUUACGUUAUCUACCAAUAAAGACGUCUUAAAGAGAAAUGCAGCGCUGAAAGGAGAACAUCAUCCAUAAGACUAGAUGCGUUUUUAUAUUAUGUGCAUUGCGUCUUACAUGUGGAACACGGAAGUUAGCGUAUAUAAUAUCCUUGAAAGAUAUUGCGUAUGAGAGGAGAGGUGGCGAAAGGUGCGCUGCUGCGGAUAAUGCGUGUUGAUGAUAUGCAUGGAGCAAUGGAAAGAAAAGCCACGGUCUGUGUGACAGUGGAUAUGAAAAGACUGAACUGUAUCUAGAUAUGUGCGACUCAGCACUCCUGUGUAUCUACUGACGUACAGUGCCAUUGUCUGAGUGUUGUCAAAUAUAUGGGAUAACUCGCAUAGAUCUCAU